AUAGCCCUUAAAAUUUGGCUCUUGAUUUACCAGCGGAUCAUUUGUCCUCUGCUCUCGUGCGUCUCAAGUCCUAGCUAACUAGUAGUAGGCAGCAGUACCCCUCGAUCUCAGUCAUGGACUACAGCAACGCGAGCACAGGCACGACGGCGCAGCAGUAUUAUCGCUCCGUGUCGCCGCCGUCGCGGGUGUCGUCGUGCUCGCCACCGCCUCAUCCCGCCGUACAGCUAGUGGGCAACGUGCCGCCGUCCGUCGUCCUGAGCCCGUGCGCGGCGUGCAAGAUCCUCCGCCGCCGUUGCGCCGACGGCUGCGUUCUGGCUCCCUACUUCCCCCCGACCGAGCCGGCCAAGUUCACCACCGCGCACCGCGUCUUCGGCGCCAGCAACAUCAUCAAGCUCCUCCAGGAUUUGCCGGAGAGCUCGCGCGCGGACGCGGUGAGCAGCAUGGUGUACGAGGCGGAGGCUCGGCUGCGGGACCCGGUGUACGGGUGCGCGGGGGCCGUGUGCCGGCUGCAGAAGCAGGCCAACGAGCUCAAGGUGCAGCUCGCGCGCGCGCAGGCCGACCUGCUCAACGCCCAGGCGCAGCACGCCAACCUCCUCGCCCUCGUCUGCGUCGAGAUGGCGAACCGCCGCGACCGCCACCACCAACAGCAGCACCCGUCGCCGUCGCUGCUGGACGGCGGUGGCGGCAGCGACUUCGGCGCGGCGUACCAGACGUUUUACGACUCGUGGGACCUGGACACGGCGACGUGGCCGGAUCACGAAGCCCAGCUCUGGACUUGACUCCAGGCCGGCUAGAUCACAACACAAGCAGCUAAGAGCAGUAGAGCACUACUAGUCGUACAUACUACGUAGCACAUACGUGCUACAACCGUGUAGGAAUGAACAGUAACGUUUCUAGCUUUCUGGCUGCUGCGUGCAGAAUGUUGUAGCCGGCCGUAAUUAUGCCUGUAUGAGUACUCCGUCCAUACGUACGAUUAUUUGCUGUUGAAUCCA